AUGUCGCUCGACCCGCCCGCCGCGUCUCUAACAGCCACCCACUCACCCGCUGCACCGCCCUCCUCCUCGUCCUCCAAACCGCCCAAAACAGCGCGCGGGAGACCGACCGACGACCCCGAUACGAGGUGGAGCAAGACGCUGAGUUAUAUCCUCAGGCAUGGAGCGGCCAAGGAGGGGUUGAAGCUGAGGGAGGAUGGGUUCGUAAGGGUCGAAGAACUGAUGAAGCGACCAAAGCUGAAAGGGUGCGACAUGGCUACGCUGGACCGGAUCGUGAAGGACAACGCGAAGCAGCGGUUCUCGAUGCGGCCUGAACCGACUGGCGAGAACGGUGCGGAGGAGCUGUGGAUCCGGGCGAACCAGGGUCACUCGAUCAAGGUCGAGCAGCUCGAGUUGAAAAAGGUCGAAAAGGCGGAGGACGUCCCGCUCAUGGUGCACGGGACGUACUACCGGUUGUGGCCUGCUAUCGAGAACGAAGGCCUCAAGGUCAUGACCCGCAACCACAUCCAUUGCGCUGUUGGUCUCGCAGGCGAGACGGGCGUCAUUAGCGGCAUGAGAGCGAAUUGCGACUUGUUCAUCUACCUCGACGUCCCUAAGCUGCUAGCAGACGGCAUCCCCAUCUACACCUCGACGAACAACGUCGUCCUGACAGCCGGAGUCGACGGCGUCGUCGCGCCGCAAUAUUUCGCGAAGGUUGUCCGCAAGAAUGGAGAGGUUCUCGUACCUGCGCCUGCGCCCGCAUAG